GCAACCUGCUUGUUAAAAUUCCCCAGAGAAGCCCAGAUUUCCCUUUCCUUGGCUUGUACUAGUUCAGAUCAUGGUAGUCGCUCUCCGUCCCGCAAACUUCUACGGCAGCAGCCUCCCUCGCCCUCGCUUCUUUGAUCACACGAGCCUCCCUGGCCCUCGCAUCUUCGAUGACGUAACUGAACGCGUCGAUCCUCCUGUCUCGGUCAUGGAUCCUCUCCUCUCCUGGGCUCAAGAGGCUCACUGGUCCAUGGGCGGCCUCAACACCCAGCGCUUCCGCCUCCAGGGUCGCAUCGAAGGCAACGUCGACAGGCUGCGCAAGUUCAGGGAGAAGCAAGCCAAAUCCCAGACCGGAAAUACCCCAAAGAAGCAGCAGAACGACGUCCUCACACUUGCCGCCGGUGAGAAGAAUCAGAAAAGGGCAGGCUCUACUUCUCCACCUCCGGCGCCUAGAGUGACGAAGAAGAGGAAGUUCAUGAAUCUAUUCGGGGAUGAUAGUGAAAGCGAAGAAAAUGAGCAGAUGGGUGCCUCUGAUAAGAGUGAAGGAACCAGGGGUAAGAAAUGGCCGGUGAGGAAAUUGGUUGGGGAGUUUGAGAGGGUAGCCAUGGAAACUGAGGCGAAAAAAAACGAAGGCAAGACGCAGGAAUCAGUGGAAUCUGUUGGAGUGAGGACAAGGAGAAGUGGGUCUGAGAAAGGCAAUGGCAGGGCUGGUGAUUCGGUGAUGAAGAUUGUUGAGGAGUUGAACAAAGAGGGUUCUGCAAGGAAGAAUUCCAAGAAGAGAUUGAGAAAAGUUGGGGAAGAUGGCCAGAAGAUUCCUGCUGAUGCUGGAGGCAAUGGUGGGAGUGUUAGGACUUCGCCAAGGUUGGCAAAGCUAAAACCAAGCUAGAUCCGAUCGUAUGUUUAGGACUGAUCUGUUAUCUUUUCAGUGAUUUAGGGGUUUUCCUUGCUUGCUUCUCUAUGAUGAAUCAAUGUUUAUACCGAGU